UUAUCGCAACACUUUUAUUACUGAAUUCUGUGUUUUCUGACUCAAAAUACCGAUUGUAUUUUUGACUUCAGUGCGGAUAUUUUCGUUUCAUUUACGUUUUAUGGUGUAAAUCAUUGACGCUAUUUAUAUCUGAUCGUGGUGAUUUAGAGUCGUGGAUAUGAUAUACUCGUACUUAAAUGCUAAAGAGCUGAUUAAAACAUUGAAUACAUCGACAGAUUAAUCACACUGCAGACGUGCACUGCGUUCAAAUGCGCGGCCUUCGAAUGGGAAACAAAAAAUCGGUUUUCAGACCGAUUCUAUGUGAAUGCUCAAUAUAAAACGGGGGAGAAUCUAUUUAUUUCUAUUUCAAUUUGCAAAUGAAAACAAAAUUUAAGUGCUGUUAUGAUUAUUGUUGUCGCAGCGACUCUUCUGUUUCCUUGUGUCUUAUUUUGCAAUUUCGAGAAUAUGAAACUUUGAAUUUGAAAAAUAAUUUUCUAAACGGAAAUCUUAAUGAACGUUCAGAAAUUAAGUAUUAUAUAUUAAUUAGUUAAUAUGAUUUUUUAUUAUUAUAAAAAUAUCAUCUACUAUUGUAGUGAACCUUUUUUUUCUUAAAUCCAAACAUUAUUUUGUGUGUGUAGUUUCAAUGUAUUCGACAAUUAUAUCAUUGUAAAAUAUAUAAAUAUUAACCCAGUUUUUGCUGCGUUAACAGUGUUAAUUAUUUUCUUUGGUGCAUAAGAUCACAGGUCACCAAGAGAUGAACCUGAUGCUGCGAAUAUGCGAACGCCUUACCAAUACAGAAACCUAUGUAUUAAUGCUUAAAAUACCAAUCCUCUUGUUUCUCCUGAAAGGAGUUACAUCAUACCGUUAUCUGCCAGACAGUUUAUCAGUACACUUCGGUCCAAAUUUCGAACCAGUAACGAGCGCAAGAGAUGUUCCACACCACGUCUUGAUUGUUUACGGUUCGAGAUAUUGUUCAGGGAGUCUUAUAUACAGCAAGAUAGUGGUAACGGCGGCCAGCUGCUUCGUAAAACACACAGACGAGACCGUUGAUAUUAAAAUGGGCGCCAAUACUAUCACAGGGAUUGGACAAGUAAUACCCGUAGCAGAAUAUAAAAUUCAUGAGUACUUCAAACAGCUGAGCGCUCUCGACAAUGAUAUUGCUUUGUUGGUGCUUCAAAAAAAUGUAAAAUAUGAAACGACAGUUAAAAAAACACUCCUCGUUGAACCAGAGAUUGCAAUCCGAGAAAACACUAAUCUCUUGGUCGCGGGAUGGGGCGGCGGCACGCAAUUGCCGAUGAAUUAUAUCAACUUACUUCUCCAAUUAGGAGCUGUAGUUCUCAAGAGAUCUGAAUGCGUACAAUAUUAUGGUCAAUUGAUGACGCCAUCAAACUUCUGCGUUCGAUACACAACGGAUCACUUUUUAACUGACAACGGUGGCGGCGCCAUGUUUGACGAUCUACUAGUCGGUAUAUUAUCUGUAGGAGAAAUCAAAACCGAUAUUAGAUUCAACACAGCAAUAGUUACCAACGUGUCUUAUUUCCACAGGUGGAUUACACUCAACUCGAAAAGGUUCUUGAAAAAGUACUGUAUAGUUCAGGAUAAACCGAACAUAUCUCUCAAAUGAGAUGAAAAACUAUCUAUUUAAUAUAACUCUCCCCUCGAAGGGAGAUCGC